CAAAUCGCAAUGAAAAUUAUAGUCGCAGGAGCAACGGGCCUAGUUGGAUCCGAAAUCAUCCGCCAGUGUCUUGACAAUAAUGCAGUCACCGAGGUGAUUGCAUUAGCGAGAAACCCGAUUCAAAUCGACGAAAACACCAACUCUUCAAAACUUAAAAUCUUGCUCAUUGAAGAUUAUGGACACUAUCCCGAUCAUAUCAAGGCUGAAUUUGUAGGUGCAGAUGCUUGUAUAUGGACGGUGGCUGUUACUCCUUUCAGAUCAGGGAACUUUGACUUUGAUGAAGUUAAGCGAGUAUGCCAAUCGUGUACUAUGACUGGUCUACAGGCGAUGUAUGAGGCCCAACAAGGUCGCCCUUUUCGAUUCAUGUACCUUAGCGCGGAGGGAACACCCGACGACACUACCAAGAAGCCCAUUUUCAUGGGAGACUAUCAAAUUAUGCGGCGCGAAACAGAACUACAAGUGCGAGAGUUCUCCAAGAACCACACGAACAUAGAGACGUGUAUCGCUCGCCCCGGUGUGGUUACAAAUUCUAAGACCUGGGGGAGAGCUGCUCUGGCUUCUAUGUUGCAAGUGACCAAUUACUUCUGGCGGUUCAUUCCCAACGUGAGCCGUAGGGAGCUUGCCGCAGCCGUCUUAAGCCAGGUUUUACAUGGAUUCAAUGGCGAAAUGCUUUCAAAUGAGGAUUUGGGUCGAAUUGGGCAAGAAUUAUUGCGUGCAAAAGAGAGUUGA